UUCUAGGGUUUGAGAGGAGGACGAAGAUUAUCGGCUUGUAGCGAUGCAGCUGGGAGGAUUAGUAGCGUCCGCCGGGAUCAACAUCGGCCUCGCGGUGAUCUUCUACUCGCUCUACUCGAUCUUCCGCAAGCAGCGCACGAAUGUCAAUGUGUAUUUCCCGAGGUAUGUGCUGCGCCAGAAGAAUGUGUUCAAGACGGAUCGAUUCAAGCUCGCGAGCCUCGUUCCAUCAGCUGGAUGGAUCCAGCGAGCUCUCCAGCCAUCGGAAGAAGAGAUUAUCGCGUCGUGUGGCCUGGAUGCGGCUGUGCUUCUCCGGAUUUUCAUCUUCAGCAUGAGAUUCUUCGCGAUUUGCACGCUCAUCGGCGUUGGAAUUCUAGCACCGCUGAAUUACACCGACAACCAGGUGUCACACGCUUCUCAGAUUGGGCUUCUCUUCGAUAGUUUGGAUUUAUUCACGAUUUCCAACAUAAGUAACGGCUCAAAUCGGCUCUGGAUUCAUCUGGCUGCGCUAUAUGUGAUCUCAUUCUCGGCUUAUUGGCUUCUACACAUGGAAUACAAGCACGUUACUCAGAAGCGGCUGGAGGUUUUAAGUACCGCUCGGCCUCAACCGGAUCAGUACACUGUUCUUGUUCGCUCUAUACCUCGAGAGAGCCAGGAAGAAAGCUACAGUGCUUCCAUCGAUCGGUUUUUUAGUCAGUAUCAUCCGCACACUUACUUGUCCCACCAAAUGGUUAUUCGCGAUUGGAGAGUGGUGCGCAAGAAGCAAACGCUUGAGUCGCUCGUAAAGGAAAUUGAGAGAUUGAAGCAGAUUGCUCCCCAUGAAAGGCCAACUUGUCGAGACGGGUGGCUGGGACUAUUUGGUUCAAAGGUCGACCAGCUUGAGUUUAAGUCCCGAAAGUUUGAGGAACUCUUCGACGACUUUAGAGAGGGCCAACGAGAGCUUCAAAACAACGGCGAGGCAGAACUUCCUAGUGCGUUUGUUUCGUUCAAGAGCCGAUGGGGCGCUGCUAUGGCCGCACAGACGCAGCAAGCAGAAAAUCCAAUGGCCUGGGUUACGGAUUGGGCUCCAGAACCCAGGGAUGUCUACUGGCCAAACUUAUCUAUCCCUCUCCUCUUGUCAAAGCUCUAUGCAAUCGGAGUAUGGGUCGCGGUGUUCGCUAUCAUCCUCACUUUCGUCAUCCCUGUGGGUCUCGUUCAAACUAUCGCUCAGCUGGAAAAUCUCAGGAAGUGGUUCCCUGCCAUCAAAAUUGUCUUGAAGAUUCCUGGUAUUAAGUCGGUUAUUACUGGUUACCUUCCAAGUGUGCUACUUAGUCUACUGCUCUACAUUGUUCCGUCACUUAUGCUGUUUCUCUCAAAGGUCGAAGGACACGUUUCUCGAAGUACUCAGGAAAGAGAAGCGGCACGGAAAGUCUUCUUUUUCCUGGUUGGCAACGUCUUCUUCAUCUCGUCAUUGUCGGGAUCUCUGAUCGAUCAACUUUACGCUGGCUUCUCGGAGCCGAAGAACAUUCCAAACCAGUUGGCCAUCUAUGUGCCGAGACAAUCCACUUUCUUCAUCACCUACAUUCUUACUACGGGUUGGACUGGGUUUUCAACGGAAAUUCUACAGCUUGGCAUUUUCCUCCUCAACUUCAUCAAAGUACGAAUCCUUGGCAAGACCACAUUCGACGAGACAGACACUAUUUCAUUACCAUAUUAUCGUGCUCUCCCAAGCGUGCUACUAUUCAUAUUGCUGGGCCUCAUGUACGCGGUCCUGGCACCGUUGCUACUCCCGUUUUUGUUGAUUUACCUCGUGUUUGGAUACAUUGUUUAUCGCAACCAGGUUUUGUUCGUCUAUGAGCCUUCCUAUGAAACAAGUGGACAGUUCUGGCCGCACGUCCAUAGCAGCGUCAUAUUUGCGCUGGUGUUGAUGCAAAUCACUUUCAUUGGCGUCUUCGGGGUCAAACAAAAGCCCAAUGCAUCCAUUCUCACCAUUUUUCUUCCGUUUAUCACUCUCUUCUUCGACAACUAUUGCAAAAGCCGGUUCGUGCCGAUCUUCGCAAACCUUUCUAUGGAGACCACAAUGAAGAAGGAUACUGAAGAUGAGAAAAGCGGCGCAAAAGAUGAGCUACUUCAGUGCAUACAGGGAUCUUACAAGCAUCCCGCUCUACAAUCACUGGAUCUCCGGAAAAGCGAUGCUGAUGACAACACCGAUCUUCUCCUCCCGGAAACCCCAGUUUAAAGCAGGAGCAAUGAACACUUCUCAUCGUCAUUCUGCGGAAACUUAACAUCAAGUCUGCGUGUAGGUCCGGAAGCGUGUGCCAAUCUUUUGGAAGAUAGUCAGCCGAAGGUUACGUCCUCGUAAGUUUUUUGGUUUUCAGUUGGUCGUCGUCGUCGUCGACUUGUACAGGUGAUCGAUCGAUCGAUCAGUGUUCUCGUUGUGUAAGUUGUAUUCACAGGUCCUCAGUUUCGCUACCACCAUCGCGAGUUUCUUGUAUCAUCGAAGAUCUUUCGGGGCACGUCCUCCUGUUGUGCCCGUAAGUUUUACAUAUACUGCAUUUGUUUGCC